AUGCCACUGACGCAGGUGUUUUCUGCUUCUCGCUUGCUGUUUGCUGAGCAGAACUGCUUGGACUUACCUCCAGCUGCCGUCCUGCUGAGCCUGCCCCUGAGUGUGGAGGCAGAGGUGAAAGGUGGAAGCGGUGCUUCGCGCAACGUUGUGCUGAACGAUGGCCUGCAAUUCCCCAAGGCCUCUUUCGGUUUGCAAGUCUACGAUGACGAGACUGCUGAGAGGCUCACCUUGCAAGCCAUCGAAGCUGGUUACCGGAACUUCUUCGCCUCGGUGUUGGCUGGCAACCAGAAAGGAUUUGCACGAGCAGUGCAGAAGUCUGGCGUGCCACGAGAAGAGUUUUUCAUUUGCGGCUCCGUUGUGAGCAACUUGGCUCAGGACUUUGACGAUGCGUAUAGCACCACCAAAGAGGGCUGUGACAAGAACCUGGAAGUCCUGGCGGAAGGAGGCAUCACCAAGCUGGACAUGAUCCUGCUGGACUACCCAGCGAAGGAUUGCGAAACCAUCCGUGGCCAGUGGAAAGCCUUUGAGGAAAUGAAGGCUGCCAAACAAACCAAGAGUUUGGCUGUCAGCAACUUUUCUCCCGAGCAAUUGGAUUGCAUUCUUGCAGACCCGGAUGCCACGAAGCCUGUCUUGAAUCAGCUGCCAUAUUCUCCAAAGAACUAUGACGCAAAGGCGGUGGAGGAGAAUGGUAAACGCGGGAUCCUGGUUCAGGCCUGGGGACCACUGGGCAGUGGAUCCUUGGGCAUUAGCGCCUCAUCCGCCUGCGAGGAGAUAGGCCAGAAGUAUGGCAAAAGCGCGGCACAAGUUGCCUUGAGUUUCGGCAGCUUUAGAAAUCUUCUUGAUGCGACAGAGUUGGGUCCUAUUAUAGGAAUUAGAUCGGCCCAGAGCGAUGUAGAAUCGUUCGAAAGGGACGAACUGGACGAACUUUCGUCCCCCAAAGAUCUUUCUGAUCCUUUCUGGUAA